AUGGCCCAAACAGUAUCGUCCCUCGCCAGUGAUGAAAACAUCCAAACAGAUCUCGUCACUCUUACAAGAUUUAUCCUUGAGCAGCAAAGAUCCUUGGCCAAGCAAGCUUCGGGUGAAUUGACUCUCUUGUUGAACUCUCUUCAAUUUGCUUUCAAAUUUAUUGCCCACACUAUUAGACGUUCGGAAUUGGUCAACUUGAUUGGUCUUGCCGGUGCCACCAAUGCCACUGGUGACGACCAAAAGAAAUUGGACGUAAUUGGUGACGAAAUUUUCAUCAACGCCAUGAAGGCCUCCAAAAACGUGAAGGUCGUGGUUUCUGAAGAACAAGAAGACCUUAUUGUGUUUGAAGGUCCUGGUAACUAUGCAGUGGUUUGCGACCCAAUCGAUGGCUCCUCCAAUUUGGACGCAGGGGUGUCGGUUGGUACAAUUUUCGGGAUUUACAAACUCUUGCCUGACUCAAAAGGUACCAUCAAUGAUGUUCUUCGUAGUGGUAACGAAAUGGUGGCUGCUGGUUACACUAUGUACGGUGCUUCUGCUCAUUUGAUGUUGACCACCGGUAAUGGUGUCAACGGGUUCACUUUGGACACUUCCUUGGGUGAAUUUAUCUUGACUCAUCCAAAUUUGACCAUCCCUCACACUAGACCAAUCUAUUCCAUUAACGAAGGUAAUGCCGCGUAUUGGCCAAAACACAUCUUUGACUUUGUCAACUCGCUAAAGAAACCACAACCAUCCACCGGCAAACCAUAUUCCGCUAGAUAUAUCGGUUCAAUGGUGGCUGAUGUUCACAGAACCUUACUUUAUGGUGGGUUGUUUGCUUAUCCUGCUGAUUCCAAGCUGAAGAACGGGAAAUUGAGAAUGUUGUACGAAUGUUUCCCAAUGGCCAUGUUGUUGGAACAAGCGGGUGGCAUGGCCGUCGAUGAUAAGGGACAAAGAAUAUUGGACAUGGUUCCAAGUGCAAUCCAUGAUAAAUCUGGGAUUUGGUUGGGUAGUACUGGUGAAAUCGAAAAAUUCUUGGACUCCACCAAAGGCAAAUGA